GAGAGGAGAGGAGAGGAGAGGAGAGGAGAGGAGAGGAGAGGAGAGGAGAGGAGAGUGAGCAAGCAGGAACUCACAACCAGGACAGGGUUUAAGCAACAUCAGGUGAGGAGAGACAAUUGUGAGAAGCAGUGUCUGAGACACAGAGGUGACAGACCCUGUCACUGGGACACCAGAGCUGGAGCUCUCGAUGGAGCAGGGCCGACCCCGGAGCAGCCUGAGCCUGGCCAGCAGCACUUCCACCACAUCCUCUCUGAGCAGCCCGAGCACCAAGAAGCCUACUCGUGCCGUACAUAAGGUCCAUGCCUUUGGGAAAAGGAACAAUGCUCUUCGGCGGGACCCCAACCUGCCCGUGCACAUCCGUGGCUGGCUGCAUAAGCAGGAUAGCUCAGGCCUCCGGCUGUGGAAACGCCGUUGGUUCGUCCUCUCCGGUCACUGCCUCUUCUACUACAAGGACAGCAGAGAAGAGAGUGUCCUGGGCAGUGUACUGUUGCCCAGCUACAGCGUCAGGCCGGAUGGGCCGGGAGCCCCACGAGGCAGGCGAUUCACCUUCACAGCGGAGCACCCAGGCAUGAGGACCUAUGUCCUUGCAGCUGACACACUGGAGGACCUGAGAGGCUGGCUGCGGGCUCUGGGGAGGGCCUCUCGUGCUGAGGGGGAAGACGGUGGCCUACCCAGGUCACCUGUACGACCCCAGCCCGGGGAAGGACCCGGGGGACCCGGGGGACCCCCAGAAGUGAGCAGAAGGGAAGAGGGGCGCAUCUCGGAAUCACCAGAGGUAGCUCGGCUCUCCAGAGGUCGUGGCAGACAAGGAAUGUACACGCUCAGCCCUGCAGCUGAUCUUCCGUCGGACACGUGGAGUAGGAGGACCAGGAGCCCAGAGCUGUUCUCAUCCCUCUCCCGCCCGCCCUCCCCUCUGAGCCUUCCCCGUCCUCGUUCUGCCCCGGCGCGGCGACCCCCUCUCUCAGCAGGAGACGCAUCAUCUCCCGCCCGGCCUCACACUCCCCUGAGUCGCAUUGAUGUCCGACCUCCUCUGGAUUGGGGACCCCAGAGACAGACCCUCUCCCGACCUCCCACUCCACGCCGAGGACCCUCCUCCGAGGGUCGGCCACCCAGGAGUCCCCAGCCCUGGAGACAGGAGCCUAGAACUCAGUCUACCCAGGCCUCUUCUGGUUCUUCCACCUAUCUCCAGCUGCCCCCAAGGCCACCCGGGACCCGGGCCUCCAUGAUUUUGCUGCCAGGCCCCCCAGCAGACUCAAUUUCGCAUCAGAGCUUGGAAACAGACACACUGCUGACCAAGCUGUGUGGGCAGGACCGGCUCCUGAGGCGGAUCCAGGAGGAUCUGGACAAGAGGCAGGAGGAGAAGGAGCAGCUAGAGGCAGCCUUGGAGCUGACUCGGCAGCAGCUGGGCCAAGCUACCAGGGAGGCUGCGGCUUCGGGGAAGGCCUGGGGUCGCCAACGCCUUCUGCAGGACCGGCUGGUGAAUGUGAGGGCCGCUCUGUGUCACCUGGCUCAGGAGCGAGAGCAGGUUUGGGACACGUACAGCAGCCUGGAGCAGGACCUGGGCACCUUAAGGGAGACUCUUGAAUACCUCCUGCACCUCGGGUCCCCCCAGGACCGAGCAGCUGCUCAGCAGCAGCUGUGGAUGGUGGAGGACACGCUGGCAGGUCUAGGUGGCCCCCAGAAACAGCCCUCACAUACUGAGCCCAAGUCUCCAUCCCCUGCACCCCAAGGAGAAGAGUCAUCAGAGCGAGAGAGCCUUCCAGAGUCACUGGAGCUUAGCUCCUCUCAGUCCCCUGAGGUGGACUGGGGUCGACCCCCGGGAGGUGACAGAGCCCUCCUCAGCCCUCGCUCAGGUGUUGGGUCUCCAAGGGUCUCACGGGCGUCCAGCCCUGAAGGUCGUCCGCCCUCAUCCCCACUGCUGAAAACUAAGGCCCCGGUGGCGCGGCCCCGCAUGAGUGCCCAGGAGCAGCUGGAGCGCAUGCGCAGAAACCAAGCCUGUGGGCUUCCUCUCCCUCGCCCCGCCUCCCCGAGGCUCCUGACCCUGGGGAGGGCACUGUCCCCAGCCGGACGCCAGCCUGACUUGGAGCAGAGGGCUAAUGACAGAUCUUGUCUCAAACCAAACGUGGAGGACCAGAGGAGGGACACCCAGCCUGUUGUAGGAGCUGCGAAAUGGCUCAGGAGUUCUGGGUCCUGGAGUAGUUCCAGGCACUCCACAACCUACAUGCCAACAUCUGGAGGCCACCGGGAGCGGGUCCUCAGUCUCUCCCAGGCUCUAGCUACAGAGGCUUCCCAGUGGCACAGGCUGAUGACGGGCUCUCCAGGGGGAAGCCCAGACCCCAGGGGAGACUGUCUCCCGCCAGGCUCACAAGCUCCCAGUGAAGAAUUGCCCCAGGUCACCUUGUCCCCAGCUUCUCACAAGGCUAACUCUGCUACCACAGGGUUCUCAUGCCCAGGGAGCAGGCCAGGCCUGGCCCAGUGGGAAGCGGGCUGGGACCCUGGGAACACCCCUCCCGCUCCCCUGCAGGAUGAGGGGACAUGGCCCCUGAGAGUCACUCUCCUGCAGUCCAGCUUUUGACUUGCCUCUUUGACACAAGCUGGGAGCAUGACCCUGAGGUGUGAGAUCAUUCGGGACCACAGGGGAGAAGUUUGUUCCGUCCUGUGUUCUAGGUGGGCCGGGCUACUAUGGACAAGAUCGAUUAUCCCAACACUAUCCAAAUUUGGAUUAGAACUUUAAACUAUUAGUCAAUACUUAGCUUUAUUCUCUCUGAGGUUGUGGCAUUGUGUUCAGAUUCACAGGUAAUAAGGAAACUGCCUGACUCCAUUUUGAAGUCAGGAGCCAUUGUGCUGUAUUUUUAAAAAUAAGUUUCUAUGUGCUGUGAGUUGAGUUUCCUGGAACUUGACCUUCCCCAACCCAUGACCUUGAUUUGUUUUUGAGAAUACCCUGACCCUCCCUGACACUCCCUAAUCACAUGGUGGGUGACCAGUGACUUUUCUUUAAGGGUCUGUAUUUUAUUGCCCAUUGUCUCCCUCCAGUAAAACUACUCCUGACUUUACUCUUAAAAGGGCCGAGAGGUGGAUUUGCUGCUGUGCUCUGUAGCCCGACUUAGAGGAGACAGUCCCUGGCCAGCUCUUGGGUGCACCCCAGUAAAAAUAAAGCUUGCUUCAAAUUUGACUCA